AUGGCAGCUUUGCAACUUCCCACUCUAGCACCCUUCUCUGUGUUAUCUGACAGUGCUACGCUCAGUCAACGUUGGACAAAAUGGGUUAAAAGUUUCGAAUAUUUUCUGGUCGCUUCGAACGUGACGGACAAGAAACGACAACGGGCAUUGAUGUCGAAAAGUUGGAUGCCUACUUCAAACCGCAAAAGAAUAUCCCGUUUGAACGCCAUAUGUUUAGACAAGCCACCCAAGAUCCCUCGGAAACGAUGGAUACGUACGUUACUAUAGACUCAAACGAUUAGUACAAACUUGUGAUUAUGGUACCUUGUCCAACGAAAUGAUUCGCGAUCAGGUCCUGGAGAAAUGUUAUUCAACGCGUUUACGGCGUCGGUUACUUCGCGAAGAAACCCUUACCCUCGAUGUUAUUUUACGCAUUGCCAGAGCCCUCGAAGCGUCUGAUCGCUAAGCACAACAAAUCGAAGGCACCAAGAAUUCCGAGAGCGAUGCUGAGAAAAGCUCUGCAUAUGUUAUCCAGCCUCGAUCGAAUACCAAUAGCAGUCGAGAAUUUCGUUCAGAGCGUCCUGCAGCUAGCCCACAGCGUCAAGACUCGCCGUCAGACGAUCGACUUCCCAAACGAGCUUGUUAUUGUUGUGGUCGUGACGGUCAUCGAGCAAAAGAUGCUUCGUGCCCAGCCAAUAACAAAGCAUGCAAUAAGUGUGGCAAACUUGGAUAUUUUGGUCGUGUUUGUAAGAGCGCCAGGCGUCCAGAACAAUCCGAAAGAGUUCGCUACAUUGAACAGCGAGAGAACAACAACUUUUCUGACGAUGACGAAUAUGUAUUUACAUUGAAUGACCCAAAGAACAGCGAGCAACAGACCAGCGUCACGAUUACUGUUCAUGGCACGGAGAUUCCAGUGAUUAUUGACUCGGGAGCCGGUGUGAAUGUUCUGGACAAGAACACUUUCAAUCGUCUUUAUAAUGGACCCCAAAACACUAUAAAACUCUCAGAUUCGCGUGUAAAGUUGUUUUCCUAUGGAGCUGUUACACCACUUCCGGUACUGGGGAAAUUCGAUGCCAUGGUUACGAUUCUAGCUGUUUCCGGUGAAACAGCCUCAUCUACCAAUGCCCAAUUUAUCGUCGUGAAUACAAUCGACUCAGGCUGCUUACUUGGAAAGUCUACAGCAAUUGCUCUUGGUUUAUUGAGAAUCGGGCUACUUUCUGGAACUACUCUUAAUGCUGUAACAAUGCAAAGUGAUGUUGAAGUCAUACUUUCCAAGUAUCCAACAGUGUUCAGUGGUGUAGGUAAGCUAAACAAUUACCAAUUGAAAGUGCAUGUGAACCCCGAUAUCCCUCCAGUUGCCCAGCCACCUAAACGGGUACCUUUCCACAUCGUAAAGUUGUAGACAAGAAGAUUACAGAACUUGAGGAUCUUGAUUUUAUCGAGUCGGUCCAGGGCCCAACCCACUGGGUUUCAUCUUUAGUUGCAGUCCCGAAGGCAAAUGGUGAAGUACGCGUCUGUGUUGAUAUGCGGCGGGCAAACGAAGCCGUUAUUCGUGAACGCCACCCCAUCCCCACAUUGGAAGAGACGGUGCAAGCCCUCAAUGGGGCAACAGUUUUCUCCAAGCUAGACCUGCGUUGGGGUUACCACCAAAUUGAGCUCCACCCAGAUUCUCGUGGGCUGACAACUUUUUCCACUCCCCAAGGUUUAAAGCGGUAUAAACGAUUAAUUUUCGGUUUGUCGUCAGCAUCUGAAAUGUACCAGUUUGUCAUCCAGCAAGUGCUAAUUGGGAUCCCAGGGGUCCGCAACAUAUCCGAUGACAUUAUUGUCUUUGGAACAACACAGGCUGAACAUGACCGCAGUUUGGACCAGACCCUGCAACGCCUGCAUGCCAACGGGCUCACUCUCAACAAAGACAAGUGUCUCUUUAGUGUUCCUGAGCUAGUUUUCUUUGGCUUUAAAAUCUCCGCUGCCGGCCUGUCUCCAGAUGACAAGAAAGUAGAGGCCAUCCAACCAAUGCCGGGGAGGUGCGAAGUUUUCUUGGUUUGGUCAAUUAUUGUGCUCGCUUCAUUCCAAAAUUGGCCACCAUUUGCGAGCCACUUAGGCAGUUAACUCGAAUGGGGGCCAAAUGGGCUUGGGGAAAACCACAGCAGCUUGCAUUCAACGAGCUAAAAUACAGUUUGACCAGCGACUGCGUAAUGGCUCAUUAUAACCCUGAAUCAGAAACUGAGGUUAGGGUGGAUGCCAGUCCAGUUGGGUUAGACGCCAUCCUAAUGCAGUCCGAUGGCCACGAGACACGCCCUGUUGCAUAUGCAUCGAGAACUCUCACCGAUGUUGAGAGGCGCUACUCACAGACAGAAAGAGAGGCACUCGCAGUUGUGUGGGGGUGUGAAAAGUUCCACCUGUAUCUUUAUGGCACUACGUUUAAACUUUUCACUGACCACAAGCCACUCGAGUUUAUCUAUAGCCCGAAGGAAAAACCACCUCCACGUAUAGAGCGGUGGUACUCAAACAGCCUAAGAGCAAUAAGUUGUCAACAUCCUUUGAUCCCAAUGGUUAUCGCGUGGUUAAACGGCAUGGAAGUAGUGUUCUUCUGCAGCGAGGGAACGAGCCAGCUAUCAUGCGUAAUGUCUCAUUGACUAGGAAAAUUGAAAAUGCCGGUGUCGAACAGUUUACGGAAAGCUCAGACGGAGAGGACGAGAUUGAAGGGCAAUCAGUAACAGCCGUGCCUGCAGUCACUGUAAACACACGACCUGCAAGGAUGCGUAGACCUCCAGCUAGAAUGCAGGACUUUAUAACAUAAACAAUUGGACUUCAUAUUAUAUACAAGCGAACUGGGUUUGACAUUAGUUAUGACAUUUAAAAUUGUGUUUGGUUCCUUUAAUUAAUACAAAGGGAGAGAUAUCUUGUCCAGCGGUGGACAC